CAUUCAUGUAUGGGGGAAACACAAGGGAAGAAGCUGAUAUCUGUUGUUAUGGUUUCCAAACCACUUCUAUGAAAUGCAAUGGAGUCAUAUGUCGAUAUUUCGAUUUUCUUCUGAAUAGGAGGACUUGGCAAGGACCAUGUUGAGAAUCAGCGUGUGUGUUUGGAUUUUGUGGUUGUGCUACACAGGUGGUCUCUGUGAGGAGGACACUUAUGCAUGUGAACUGCAACCGUGUCAGAAUGGUGGCGUCUGCGAAAGCCAACAUGGCGGCUACAGGUGCCUCUGCUCUCAACAGAGCAAAGAUGGCUUACUGUACGGAGGCGAGAAUUGCACAGUCGCCCUCCUGGGCUGUGACGGCAACCGCUGCAAGAAUGGUGGCAUCUGCUCUCCCUUCUUCCUGAACUACCGCCACACCUACACCUGCGCCUGCCGCGCAGGAUUUACCGGCUCCAAGUGUCAGACGUCAACCAUCUUCUCCUUCGAGUCCAGUGGCUACAUGUAUGUGGAGACCCAGCUAUCGGACCCUGAAGUCCCUCUCAACGUCACCCUUAGCUUCAAGACGGACCGGCCUGUCGGCACCCUCCUCCAGCGCCGGGUCGAUGACCUGCUGCUCACCAUCGAGCUGGUAGACAGCCGCUUACGCCUCAGCAUGCUAAGAACUCAAGGGACAAGAACCCCAGUAUUUCUGGAGCUACCGCCGAGUGUGGCGGACAGUCAGUGGCACACGGUGGAGGCCUGGCUGGGCUGUGAGGAUGAGGGGAGCAGUGUGAGGCUGCUUCACUCCCCCUGCGCUGAGGUGGACUGCACCAGGGAGUUCCCCGCCACCGAGACACCCCUGCUGGAGCAAGGCUCCAGCCUAGGAGAGCCCAGCUCUGUUCGCCACAGCCUCUCUCUAGGAGGGGUGGGACUGGGCUGGGGCUCCGAUGGGGUGGCAGGGGAAAGGGAUGCUGAGGCUGCAGACGCGCCUGAUCCACCUGGUCCAGCUGCUUACUUCCUGGGCUGUUUCCGGGACGUGUUUGUGGAGUCACGGCUGGUAGUGCCCGCUGUCGCCAACUCACCGGCUCAGGUCAACGUCACAGCCGGGUGCAACGACAGGGACAAGUGUGACGACAGCCCGUGUCAGAACCGGGGGCAUUGCAUAAACCAGGGAUGGAGGAGCUAUGUGUGCGAGUGCUACAGACCGUACGAGGGGACAACGGACUGCGCUGAGGAGUACAAUCCGGCCAGGUUCGGCAACGAGGACGCGGCGAGCUAUGCCGUCUUCUCCUUGGAUGACCCCCCGGCUUCAGGCACCAUCACCAUAUCCAUGUUUGUGCGCACACGGCGCUCGAACGGCCUCCUCCUGGUCCUGGCCAACAGCACCAGCCAGUACCUCCACCUGUGGCUGGACGAUGGCCGGGUAAAAUUUCAGGUGAACAACUUAGAGAGCCUGUCGGGUCGAGUCGUGGUCAGCGAUGGCCACUUUCACUUGGUGACGGUGCGGCUGGAGGGCGACUUUGUGACCCUGUUCCAGUCGGCCCAUAGCCAGGGAACCAUCCCCGUCCGGCCCGUGGUGGCUCAGCCAGGGGACCUGGUCUACGUCGGGGGCCUGGCCGACCAAAGAGUCUCGGCCUCCUUUGGGGGUUACCUGAAAGGCUGUGUCCAGGACUUGAGGAUUAACAGUAAACGGUUGCAGUUCUUCCCCAUAGCAACCCCAGUGGCCUCGUACGGCCUGGUGGAGCUGGUCAAUGUCACACAGGGAUGUACCAGUGACAACGCCUGUAGCAAAAACCCGUGUCUGAACAGCGGAGUGUGCUACUCCAUGUGGGACGACUUCAUCUGCAAUUGUCCUCCCAACACUGGAGGGCGUUGCUGUGAGGAGGUCAAGUGGUGUGAGCGGUCUCCAUGCCCCUCGACUGCAGCCUGCCAGUCCCUCUCCCAGGGCUUUGAGUGUGUGUCCAACGUGACCCUCUGGAAUGACGGCAUGCUGUCCUACAGAGGCAAUGAGAAGAUCAGCCGCCACCUCAGCAGCAUCCACCUCAGUGUGCGAACCAGGCAAACGGACACCACGCUACUACAUGCCGAGAAAGGCUCUGAGUUCCUCACAGUCUCCCUCCAAGACUCUCGCCUGGUGCUGGAGCUACAGUCCGGCAGUGGCGAGGCCUCCCCCAAGCUGACUGUCCAGAGCCAAGGCCUUCUCAGCAACGGCCAGUGGCACACAGUGGAGAUCUCCAUGGAAGCUCCGGAUCUACAGACCUCCAGGUGGAUCAUGAUCCUGGAUGGGGGAAGAGAGGGAGGAGAGAAGGAGGUGUCUGAAGCCGCCUCUGGGAGCCUGGACUUCCUCAGGGAGGGAGUGGACAUCCUCUUGGGGGGUUUGGGGCCUGAGGCUGGGGGGAACCUGGCUGGAUGUUUGGGCCCCGUCCAGAUCGGUGGGCUCCCGCUGCCCUACUAUGGUGACACCGACCUGAACCUUCCCAGGCCCCAAGAGGAGCAGUUUGUGAGGACCCCCAGUGUCGCCACCCCACAAUAUGGCUGCUGGGGAGCCAGUGUGUGCUCGCCCAACCCCUGUCUGAACCAGGGGGUAUGUGAGGACCUCUUUGACCUCUCCCUCUGCAGGUGCCCGUCUGAGUGGAUUGGGCCACAAUGCCAGAAUGAUGCGAACACCUGCGCUGUCAAGCCCUGCGUCCAUGGAAAAUGCACUGUCCUAGGGGAGGGUUACGUAUGUGCAUGUGAGCCAGGGUACGGGGGGGCCAGGUGUGAUAAAGAUGUGGAUACGUGUGAGAACAACAAGUGCGGCCCAGGGGCCACCUGUCUCAGGGGCCUCCAGAACAACACCUGCCUCUGCCCUAGGAACAUGACCGGGCCCCUCUGCAAUGAGAAGGUUCCAGAAGUCCCGUGGUACAUUGAAAAGAUACCAUACCCCAACCUGCCCGUUUCCAUGUGUCCUGGCCACAGAUGGAACUACAGCUGCUUCAACGGGGGGAACUGCUCUAAGCUGGACAACACCUGUGAUUGUCUGCCAGGUUUUAUAGGGCAAUGGUGCGAGGUAGACUUUGAUGAGUGUGCGUCGUGUCCUUGUGAAUACGGAGGCUACUGCCACAACCUCGUCAACAACUUCCGCUGUGAUUGUGAGAUCAACUUUACAGGUGACCAGUGCCAGAUCGAUGUCAAUGAUUUCUACCUGUAUCUGGCCCUGCUGCUGUGGCAAUACAUGUUCCAGCUCACAUCCUACCUCCUCUUGCACCUCGACGAUGCCCCCGAGAUUGAUUGGGUACACCAGCUGAUGGACGGGAACUAAGGGCCCAUUGGGAGCCAACAUGCGCUACGAAGAGUUGAUUGAGUUUUCUGGGUAGAUGUUACCCCCACCUCCUAGACACAGUUCUAGGAUCAGUAUACCCUCCCCAAAUCCUUACCUUCACCAUAAAGGGGUACAUAGAAAUCCUAUCCUCAGUAUUUCCUGGGGCAUCCCACUCCCAAUUAGCUAAUCUGGACAAUUUAGAGGUGAAGUGAUACUGUACAUAUUUCCGUACUGUAUGGUGUAUCAACAUGGCUUGCGUCAAACAAGUCAGCCAAAGAAGGUGACGUGACUAGAACAGAUUAAAGUUAACGGUUCAAAUUAAAUGACCUGCAGCUCUUCCUAUUACCAUAGAGUAUGCUCAUUUUAAUGUCUAUAUCCAUCCAGAUCUGACUUUCAUACUGAAAGCCCAUCAUGGUAGAGGAAAAUAUUGGUGGGAACAAUGUUUUUUCUAAAGGUAUUUAUGUUUUCUAAUUUAAGAAGAUGAAUGUUAAUAGAACCCCAUUUGUAUGUAUGUAUGUAUGCAUGCAUGGAUGUAUAACUUGUGUAUAUAUUUUGUACAUACUGUACCUAUUCUUUUGAGUUGCGCGCCGGUAAAACAGUGAGAACAUCUAUAGUUGUGAAAUGUUGUUACUAGCAGGUCAUUUAUAAUAAGAAACAGAAUAUUUAUCACAAAAGCAGAAAGAUAUAAGAUAAGAUCCCAAUAUGUACUGUACAUACAUAAUAUGUACAGGUGAAAAUAUGACAAACUUUGCAUAAUCAUGCACUGAGUGAAAUCUAAAUCAAACUUUUAUAUCCAUGUUUAUGUGACUUAAUAAUAUUACUCUGUACAUACUUUCCAUUUGUAUUAUUUAUUUAUUUAGGAAAACCCCAUUUGAGACCAUGGUUUCAUUCCAGAGGGUGCCCUGAUCACAGUAACCAGUACAAAUGUAUAAAUAAAUAAAAACAAUCAAUACAAAAUACCACAUUUAUGAAAAACAGUUACAGUCCUCAGCUACUACUUUCUCAAUUAACACCAUAAACUGUCUUGAGCAGCACCAGAAAAUCUAACUGUACUGAGUUUUGCAAAUUGUUCCUGCAGUGAGGCUAAAAACGGAUUUGCCUAAAUCGGUGGAGUCCCGAGGAACCUCCAAUGUUAACCAACCCUGUGAACGGGUUUGGUAACUCAUGUUUUUAGACUUCUUCAAGGAUGUUAGGAAAGCCAUAGGCUUGUGUAGUAGAGCUUUGUAAACAAAAAGGGAAUAGUGACAAUACAAGAACUGGAAAAUAACUUCGUAAACACUUUCGGGUUACUUCCUUGCAAUUCCGAUAAAAGAAAUGUAAUCGAGUUAAAUCUCAGGAAUUGCUGUGAUUCAUGUCUAUUAAUUUGCAAAUCCUGAAUUUGAACAAAUUUGCACAAGUUUUCAUACAAAACCAAAACUAUAUUGACAUCCUGAUUUUGUCUAAGGUUAGCAAAAAUAGGUCAAUUGAGAAAGCACACUUUCUUUAACCUCAAUAUAAACUUGUUUUUACAUUGGAUUGUUGUUUUUAUCUGUGUAGAUUAUGUAUUUUGGAUGUUUUCAGUGUAUUUUAAAAGGCUUUCAGACAAUGCGAUUAAUUACGAUAAAAAUCAAACGAGUGGACUCAAAUGACAAAAAGUUAACUGAUCAACUCUGACAGCCCUAAUAAUAACAUAUUCCAUUUAGCAGUCAUUUUUAUCCAAAGCAAUUUACAGUCAGUCAUGUGUGCAUACAUUUCCUAAUCACACAAUCCUGGCAUUGCAAGCGCCAAGCUCUACCUCUACCAACUGAGCCACACAGAACCACAUAUUGUGAUACCUUAACCAGCCUUCUCCUCAAGAAUUCAUAUGUCAGGUGUUUAAAUCACAUUUUUUGAAUGGUGUCUCCUAAAAUAAAUCAUUUAAAUUUGUAUAUUGACUUGUUUCAACAAGGAAAUGUGCGUACAAGUGGUCUGAGUCGGUCAUAGAAUUCAAGAACAAAUUUCUGAUGAGAAAGAAUGAUUAAUGCCAAAAUGUUUUGUCAAUUUUAUUUGACGGCCACUUCAAGCACCAAUCUGUCUGUUUUGUAAUAUCGUACCAAUGUAUAU